GUGCGUUUUAUAGGCACAAAAUGUGAUUCUUACGAACGGAAGUUGAUAGACGAACUUUUGAAGGAUUACAAUACUGAUGUGCGUCCAGUUGAAAACACUUCACAAGUGCUUGAGGUGACUGUAGCUCUUCAACCCUACAGACUGCUAAGAAUGGUAAGCCACUUUCUAUACUAAGGCUAUGCUCACACUACUGGCGGAUUAUAGCUUUUCGUGCCGACACGAAAAGUUGGGGUCAUUAUACGUUUCUAGAACUGCUCACCUACCCCUCUCCGAAGCCAACAUUUUGCCCUAAGUAAGAUGUAAGUGUUAAUGUUGGCUUAGGGGUAGGUGGGCAUGGACACCUAUCUGAUAUGUGACUCUUCACUUUAGAGAUCGGCACGGCGCAGCUUCGUUCCGUUACAGAAAUCACGCCGAAACACCGCACGAAAAAAGAAAUUUAGUUAGCGUAAUGGUGGCGUAAAGCUGGCCUAAAGUUCUCAUUUACGUAACUUUACGACCCAUUUACGCCACGUAAAGUCAUUUUUUACGCUACCUUUACGCACAUGCCUAAAGGUAUCGUAAAGAAACACUUUACGCUCUGCGUAAAGUUGGCUGUGCAAUCCGGAAUCCUGGGCUUUGAAGUCCGAAAUUCAGCUCAAGCAAUCCAUAAGUCCACUUGUGAGGGGAUUAAUCCGGAAGCCAAGUUCCGACAAGGAAUUCAUAAUGCAAUACCCAAAAAAAUGAGAUGAACUGAGCUAAAUCACUGUUCUUAAGUGUGAACAGAAGCUGAGCCCUGGCCUAUCAUCAGGUAUAGCGUGAACAAAGCCUAUGAUACUUCGUGAAGUUUUAAUGCGUGAUAAAAGCUCUGCAAAAACGCUUCAGCUGAGGGAAAUUUUUUAUUGCUUCAUGUGUUUCUCUCCACUCAGGAGUUUGUGAGAUUAUCCUUCUGUCUUCAGCAUCAAAAAAUAGCACGGAGUAAAAUUGGUUAUCUAGGAGUUAAAUGGUGUGAUUGAUUCACUCGUUUGUUUGUUAUUUAUCUCUUAACGCGUUUUCUUUUCAUUAGAGUGAGGUUGAGCAACUGGUAAGAAUGAGCUUUUGGUAUAGAUUGGUAAGUGAUUAUGAUUUAACGAUUUUAACGUCUCCAAUAGCUAACUACCUUUCUAUAUUCACUUACGACUUUAUUUAUUGCAAUAUAGUCAAUAACAAAAUAAAUUACAGGUUAACGAGCACUUUCGGAAUUUGAAAGGGUGGAGGGGGGGGGGUGGGGGGGGAGAGGACCUUUUUUCUGGAAAAUUUGAAUUUUGAAAAUGUCAUCAUACAAACAAAUUUAAAUUACAUACAUUAGAUAACAAAAAACUCGGGGCGCCCCGUGCGCCACAGACUAUUGAACGUGGGAACCCGCUAAACUAGCACUCUUGUAACCCCGAGAUGUAGCUGAGAGCACCACUAAAAUUAAUUCAACCUUUUUGAGAAUCAAAGGGUUAUUUCAGAGAGGACAUUUCCUUGCAUGCAAAUAUUCGAUAACCUCUGAAGCCCUUUUUGGUUUGUUUUUAUUGCUACCGAUGGCAUUUGCUUUCCACUUCACAUGACUUCUUCGUAGACACAAAAAAAUCUUUAUCCCUUGUAAAUCCCAACGAAGUUUGUGCUUGAAGCUUGUGUCCAUUCUCCAUGUAUUGCAGUUCUGGGAGGAUUUCUACCUCUCCUGGGAUCCCAUCAAGUAUGGCAAUAUCACCCGUAUUAAUAUACCAGCAGAUGCAAUAUGGACACCUCCAGUGGGACUGCUUAACUCGUGAGUCAGUCGUCAAUCUGGUUGUAUAGCUGGAAAUUUUUUUCCAACAGCGCGCGCUCUCGUUAGUUACUUCGAUUUCACAUGACAUCUAAAAAUGAAACUGUUUCCCGCCAAAAUCUCUGAGCGGGCAACAUUGCAAAUCUAUGACGUCAAAGGGUAACAGUGCACUGUUACCCGCGAUUGUUAACCAACGACCCUAAUAAAUUUCCCGCUAUAUAACAAAACACUUAAGGACUGGUCCCUCGGGAAACAAAAUUAAUUGUUUCCUUCGGGACCAGUCAUGAAGUCUUUAGUAUUAGGUGUAUCUAAUAUGUCCAUAUUCAAUCAGGAGUGUUGGGUGAAUAUCACCCCGCUAGCAGAGUCUUCUUUUGUCUUCCUCUUGAUUGAGGAGAAGAAAAGGAGGCUCUGUCCGAAUCGCGUUGAGCCUUUGAAGUAACUGCACAGGGAGCCCGCAAUCUGUUUAUGUAACCGAUUGACGUCCGAGCUUACUGUUCACAUGUUAAUGUAAAGAGGGCGCGCCUUGUUGUCCUGUAAUCCACGACAUCACAUCACAUCACAUUACAGUAAAUGCACUUGAUUAAGGUUUGCUUCAUCUGUAGCUAUAUAUCGCUAAAUAUGUGUAUGGAUCAAUGUUAAGUCAACGUUAUAUUACCUUACCUAGUGAAAAUUGACGUCCUAUUGCUUCAGAAGUGGUAUUUUGAGCGAUUUUAUUUGAAGGAUUUUGAGUUCGCCGUUUAAAUCCUCCAAAAGUUGAGAUAAGGGUUUGGGUUAACCCUUAGAUCAAAUGCCCGAGAUUAAAAACCGUAGGGAGGUCAUAAGCACGCUACAAAUAGAAAAUGAUAGCUAGUCAAUUCUGUAAUUAAAUCGAAACUAACGCUGAAUCUGUACAGGUCAAUUAUAAAUGAUUUAUAGUAGUACUUCCUUAAUCCCAGAAACGUAGGGUAGGUAUUGACAAAAGUUCUUGUUUAAGAGAAGCUAACAAUGUAAGAUACAACUGUGACGAUUAUUACUGAUCGUUUUCUUGUUUGAACAUCGUCACUUGGUCUUGUCAUUAUUAAUACUAAUGUCAUCAUCAUCAUCAUCAUCAUCAUCGUCAUCAUCAUCAUCAUUAUCAAUUACAGAUUAAACUCUGGCGUUGCACCUAUUCUCGGAGGCGAUAAUGGUGGACUCACAUUAGCUGAGAUCAGUUUUAAUGGCCGCGUAAGACUCAUGGUUCCUGCAAUUCUCAGUAUAUCAUGCAUAAUGGACAUGACAAUGUAUCCAUUUGAUACUCAAAGAUGCAACCUUAAUGUUGGUAAGUCACUUGACUACUCGCCCUCCUAAAGUGCGCCAAUUACGCAUGGGUGUCUUUUUCCCAAAGCCGUAAUCGAUGCAGCCAAUGAAAACAACUUUUAGGAAAUUCAACUUCCUUAAUACAGACACCAAAAAAGAACAGAGUUAAGUGUGCACAUUACAGAGGUGUCCAUAAUACAGAGAUAGGAACUGUAUAAAGACGCUUGUGGUCAUUGGACUAGGUGAAUCUUCAUAGAGAAGAUUAUGUGAGAAGAGGCUGUACUUAACAAAUUCCUUCCUUUGUUAAAUAACAACUCAAGGGCCACAGAGGUACUAAUAAAAUGAAUUUAAUUUAUAAGAGAAGUCACUUAACUGAAUUUGAUCAUGACUCACUAGGUACGUGGGGAUACACAAGUCAUGAUUUGAUGUUUAAGGCUGAUGUGGAGACCUCAACCCUCGCUGAAUCAAGUGAAAACUUUUCUGGAAGUGGAGGAUGGAGUGUCCUGGAGUACCGAGGUAUACGCAGUUCAGUAUAUUUCAUUUCUGUCCUUGCUUUUCUUUAGCUUCAGUUAUGUUCGAUUUGCAAAACUAGAAUUGGCUGACAUUCUUCUCGUUAUGCCUCAAUACAAAUCACCUGUACCAAUUACAUUAUUUUUCUGUAUACAGCCGUUGAUCAGCAUGGAAAUGAUAGUCACAGUCACACAAGUCCAUCUGUGACAUUCACUAUACAGCUAAAGCGUCACACAACUCACUACAUUGUCAUCUUAUUCCUUCCGUGUUUCUCUAACGCAAUGCUGACCCUACUGGUUUUUCUCCUGCCGCCGGAGACUGGAGAGAGAAUUGGAGUUGGAAUCAACACUCUUUUUACCAUGUGGGUGAACUAUCUCAGGGUGAGCGUGUUUUCCUAGGUCCUAUGGUUUAUAUAUACCGAGAGAUAGUAUCUUCGUCUCUCCCAUAAUCUGAGACCCAGGUGCAGCUAGUCGGGACAGGAUAAUCACAGGAGAAACCAUUGUAGAACUUGUUUUUUUGUUCUCCCCGAAAACACUUUUUUACAAUGGUUUCACCCGUGAUAACCCCGUCCCAAAUAGCUGUACCUACGUCUCCAAGGGUGGAGGAGACGAAGACGGAUUAUCUCUUGGUACACCAAAAAAAUGAGCGCUAAGGGAAGAUGGCUUCUUUUUACUCUCUUCCCAGUACUCCUACUCGCAUAGGGAGAGAGGCCUUUACGAAGGAGACAGGAAGCAGGAGUCCUUUGAUGCAGGAGAAAAUUAUGUUCAAGUCCAUUUAGCAUAUCUGUGUGAACAGGAAUAGGCUUUCAGAAGCCAAUUGAUAAGUUUCCUUCAAGAACCCACAGUUACAGUGACAUGGGCAUCCCCCGCGUUUUUGGCAUCCCCAUUCCCAAAACCCUACAGAUAUGGGCUUCCCCAUGUAACCCUAACCCUAACCCAAAUUGCUAAGGUAAUAUGAGAAGGGGAUGCUCAUAUCACUAGGGUUAUGGGAAUGGGGAUGCCCAUAUCAUUGUAACACCGCCUCAAACCUCCUAACUUGCGAUCAGGCGGUCCUUCUUCCCUUUGUUUUUCACUUCAAGUUGUGCUGAUGGUGAAUGAUACCGUUUUCUCCUUGUUAGGUGCUUAACGACAUGCCCAAAAGUCCUGAACUUCCUGCGUUCUGUAGGUUUUACUACUUCGUGAUGUUUGAGUGCGUGUGCGCUAUCGCCGUAUCGUGUCUCCUGAUCUCAUUCUUCCACAUGAAUGUUAAUAUUGACCAGCCUGAAUGGGUGAAGGUAGGGAGAAAUACGUGCUUCUGUUUUAAGAUCUUCCAUCAAUGGGAGAAUUGUCUUUGCAUACCAACUUUGUUUCGUGGAGCUUUUGUUAGAGGGUUGAUUCAUAUACGUAUACAGAGGAAGCUCUCGUGGGCGCGGGACACCCUCGGGACGCGAACAAAGGUGUUCGUAACUGGA